GGCGAUCUCCAUCCAUUAAUGAGCAGUGUGCCUGUGAAACACGGUUGGGUUUUACUGUGUGAAAAUGUUUUAUAUGCGCAUUUGUAGCGUCAGGUUGAAAUAAAUAGCCCAUAGUACAAGUUGGUGACCUUUACUCAUACAGCCAGCGAGCGAGUGCAUAGGGUGUGCUGGCAUAGCAGCAGGAAAACAAUCCGUCUCGCACAGCAAGCACUUUCCGUUCGAAUAUGGUGAAUGGAGAUUUCUUGCUGGGAGCCUUAACCAUACACGAUUCAUCCGGUAAAUUAUUCCGUUUUUAUUUGUGGAAUUGACCGAUUGAUCGCGGACGUCACAUUCACUUUUCCACUUGCACAUCAACCGGCAACUCAAGACUCUACAUUUCUUUUUACUGCCAGAGAAGGUUUUCGUAACACUACCCGGUUUUUUCUCCUUUUUUUCUCUUCAACAUUAAAUAGAUCGCGCACCAUGAGUUUGUGUCCGGGUGUACGCAAUGGCAAUGUGAAUUCCCACUACCAUUCGCAUCCAGCAUCGGCGACGCAGUCCUUUAUGGAUUUAUCCACGGCUGCCGCUGCUUACCGCUACAAUCGCAAUGUUAUGGAAUACUAUUCUUGUAAGAGUCAUGGCGGAGUCAAUCAGCUGGGGGGCAUGUUCGUUAAUGGACGUCCACUUCCUGAUGGAGUGCGGCAAAAGAUCGUGGAACUGGCUCAUAAUGGAGUGCGCCCGUGUGACAUUUCCCGUCAACUGCGGGUUAGCCAUGGAUGCGUCAGCAAGAUACUCGGAAGAUAUUAUGAAACGGGAUCUAUCCGACCGGGUGUCAUCGGCGGAUCAAAGCCGAAAGUGGCUACGCCCAAAGUAGUGGAACAUAUCGCCAACUAUAAACGUCAGAAUCCGACCAUGUUCGCAUGGGAAAUUCGGGAUCGUCUACUUGCAGAUGGGAUAUGCGAUCAAGAUAAUAUUCCCAGCGUUAGCUCCAUUAAUCGAAUCGUGCGCAAUAAAGCAGCCGAGAAAGCCAAAGGAAGUGGUUUGGGUUUCCAUUCCGGAUCUCAUCACACCAACCUAAGUACGCCAAGUCCACAAGGAACUCCGGGCCUGACGGCACAUUCCCAGUCGGCGGGCACGGGAAUCUCGGGCAAUCCACUCGGCGGAAAUCAGCCAACGCAAAAUGCUAAUGCCGCUUAUUCGAUUAACGGCAUUCUGGGAAUGGAUCCAUCCAGUAUGAAGCGCUCCAAACGCAAUGAUGAUAUUACGGAUAACGGAUCCACUGCAUCACCCGGUGCGGAAGAGACAUCCAAACGACAGCAAAGGCCGAUGUUUAAUGGUGAACACGGCUUUUCGGACGUUCAACAGCAGCUGUGGUAUUCGGAUAAAUGUUCGACUGAUAUGCAUAAAUCAGCAAAUGAAAACCUGGUGAAUGGAACAUCGGUUGGUUACGCUCUGCAUCCGGCAUACAGCGCCUCAACUGCCGAUCCAGCACUGUAUUCCCACACAUCGUCCUCGCAUCAUCACGGACCAACCGUAUUUUCGGCACUUGGCGGCGGCUCGCUAGGCUCAUUAGGCGGCAUGGCGGGUGAAAUGAAGUCUGUGAUUUCACCAGGAGGUGGUCUUCUCGAUGGCCACACGGCCGGAAGUCUCGCCUACCAACAAGGCAACCUUAAUCCUAAUUCUUCCUACACACAUAACCUUUCCACCCAUUCCUCAAUUAACGCCACAUCCAGCUUAUCGGAUAGCAUGCCGAUAAGCAGUGCGGCUACCCUGACUUUAUUACAACCUGUCCAGAAUGCUUAUUGCACACCUUCAGUUGCACAUGCACAUGCACCUUACGGAGCUGUUCCCGCUGUUUACCCUACAGAGUAUUCGUAUGGCCCGGCUUCCGCAUACACACAGUAUUCACCCGCAGGAUAUCCGCCGGCUGAUAACCCAUGGGCACGAUAUGCGGCAGCGUCCACUGGCAUUUUGAAUCCAUCGUAUUAUUACCAACCAACGGCUCGAACCGGAAGUCCGUCUCUUUUCAAGGCAGAACGGUGUUAAAAUUUUUUCAUUUGGUAUUGAUUACACACAUCACAAUUAUUACACAGAGAAGCUGUGUUUUUUGUUAUACGUUGUGGCUACCAACUGCCAAAAUGCAGCUUUAACAGAAGUCUCUCAAAAGUUUUUAGUUCCUGUUGUUUUGUAUUAUUUAAUUUCCAUAACCAUCUUCCAUGAUUUUGGAAUUAUCAACCACACAAUGUGAACCGGAAAAGCGAAAUAAUUGUCAACUGGAUGGGAGGAUGCCAUGGCCUAAUGCUGCCUGAAUUAACUAUGAUCUGCUUAUGGAUGCAUCAUUACUCGUGAAUUUCUGCCGAGGAUGGAUCCUCCCUGAAAUUUUCCACUAUUCCUCGUUUUGGCCUUCUACUCUUGAGUUUCUCUGUCGUGCGUAAACUUCAUGCAAUCCAUUUGUCCAUCAUCCGUGUCCAAGAAAAUUGUUGUUUUUGCAUAAUGAACGGUCAAAUAACUGAUCUCUGCGUUCCUUAUAUAUAUGGCUGAGGUUAAUCUGGUUACGAUUAUACCGGUCAGGCCAGUGGAUGAGAGCCGAGCAAAUGCAAACGGAAUGGAACAUCACAGAUCAAAAUUCUGCAACUGGAUGGGAGUUUUUGAAUUUUUGUUGCAUAUAAUGUUAAUGACGUUUUUUGGUGUUCUAAUGUGUAUUUUGUGCUCUGCAUGACCUUAUCCGCAUGUUAACCAGUGAAUGGAUCAAAAUGUCUUCCGGUAUUUCUGUAGCUACAAAUUUACAAUAUAAUCAAACACUGCUGGUAAUGAAAUAAAGCAUAUG